AUGAAUCAACAAGAUCCGACACAACCAAUUGAACCAUUUCUAAAAAAUUUCUUUGCAUCAUUAGAUGCACAAUAUAAUUCAACAAAUUCAAAUUUUUUAAAUGUUGAAAGUUAUGCAACUCAAUUUGGUUCAAAUUUAAAACAAAAUUCAGCAAUAAUUAUAAAUGGGAGCCCCAUAAUACCUAAUUUACAACAAAAUGAAAAUUCAAAAUUAAUAUUUCAAAAAAAAUGGUUAAAUACUCCCAUAUCAUUUCAUCAAUUAACAAGUUUUGAUUGUCAUUUAAUUCCUGGUACAAAUACUUUUAUUAUAAAUUUUUCAGGAAAAGUUAAAUUUGAUCAAAGUGGUAGGAAUAGAUUAGGAGAAAAUGCAGAUUUAAUUCAAGAACCAGCAACUAUUGUAAAGAGUAAUAGACCUAUAUGGGGUUCAUGGUUUGGAAUAAAUGGAAAUGUUGUAGUUGAUAAUAAUUUCGGUAGUACAACUAGUGGAGGAGGAGAAAUAAUAAAUAGUUUAGAUUAUAGAUUUACUUAUGUGCCGAAAGAUACAACUUUAAAUAUAUAA